UGCUCUUACAAGAGUGGAUCGUUGCUCUGCAAGCUUGCAGAAGUGAGCCGGGAGAGAUGCAUCAUCGCAAAGGAACUGCACAGACCUUUACUUAUUUGUAAGGAAGCGUAGGAAAAGGUGAGUGGCAAGAUGGCUAAAGGAGCUGAUAAUGAGAUGUGGAAUCUUUCCUCUCCAGCCUCACAAUCCCUUAACAGUGAUGGAACCAUGGAGAGUAAGGAACCCAGCAAGUGCUUGCUUACAGCCUCUGAAAGUGAAGUUGAUCCAGCAACAUCCCUUGCCUUAGAGAUGAAAUACGCACUGGAUCCCAACCGGCAGAUCAAGAAAAGAAACAAAGCCCUGCAGGUGAGAUUCAAAGACAUCUGUGAUGCCCAAAACGAGCAGAGAGAUAAACAGCUCUCUACAUUACAGCAGUGUGACAAAAAGGAAGCAAAGCCCAUCUCUUACAGAGCAGCUUACCGGAAAUAUAUGACAGUGCCUGCUCGGAGAUCAAUCCCUAACGUUACUAAAAGUACAGGAGUUCAGACUUCGCCUGAACUUAAAAAGUGUUACCAGACGUUCCCCUUGGACCGGAAAAAGGGGAGUAUCAUCAAAAGCAUAGCUUCUGUUGACACUUUUCCGAGUCAAAACAAUGGAUUCCUAAUAGAUGUUAAAGAUAAAGACAGCAAAAUCUCAGGGGAGGCUGCUCAGUGUAGCAAGAAAGUCACUGGAUUUGUGACAGCUGAGUUUAUUUCACAUACUAAUGAACGCAUGAAUGCAAUAGAGCAGCCUUCUAGUGACAACUGUUCGGAGACAUGUAGAAGCACUGAUUUGCACAGCUGUACUAAAGAACCUCCUUCUCUUCAAAAUUCAGCAGCUUCUGUUUUAGAAGAGCCUGAUUACCAGCUGCAUGACAAAGCAAAACACCACAGUGGGCCGUUGGGGAACGAGGAGGCUAAUCCAUCCACCCAUGGAAAAGUGUUCAAGACAGAAGUAGCUUCUGUCUACUUGCCUGCAUCCAGUUCUCACGUCUCACUGACGGACCUGCAAAAAUCUGCAGCAGGGAAUGACUGGUCUCUGUGCCCGACCGAGGAGGACAGAAAAAGAACAGUGCAUCUUAAUGGUCUGCAAUCACAAGCCGUAAGUGCAGCUCAGGCCUGUUCGACGCAGGCACAGUGCCAAUCAACCGAAUGUAAUGAACAGACCCUUCAGAUACAUGUUUCACCUAUGGAAGGAAAACAGCCUUGUCAGACAGCAGUUGCUGUGAGUGAAGGAUGCCAACAAAUUGUGCCUCACACAGAAGUGGUAGACUUGAAAGCACAGCUACAGAUGAUGGAGAACUUGAUCAGCUCAAGCCAAGAAACCAUAAAGGUCUUGUUGGGUGUUAUUCAGGAGCUGGAAAAAGGAGAAGCUCAUAGAGAAGGAUAUUGUUCCAUGGGGAAAAACCUUUUGUCGAAAUCGGACCUUGACUAUGUAAUGAAAGCUUCUUCUCAUUUGUUGAGACUUGAUCCAUUAAAGCUUUCAUAUCGGACUGGUCAAGACACAUCUAACUGUGACACAUGCAGGAACAGUGCAUGUAUAAUCUAUAGUGUGGAAUUAGAUUUUAAGCAGCAAGAAGACAAACUACAGCCAGUUCUGAGAAAACUUCAUCCUAUUGAGGAAACUCAGGUCGCACCUUUGCCUUAUUCCCAGGAGAGUUACUCCUCAACUCCCAAGCAAAAAUCCAAAACUGAAUCAAAAAAGCACGGAAGAUGGAAACUCUGGUUUCUUUAACUAACUCCGUAAUAUAUGGAAUUUUAAGGCCUUCUUCAAAAAAACAAACACAUCCACACGCAAAGUUGUGGAAUUUUUAAAAAAGGGAUCUUGGUAAUCUGAGCAGGUGACUGUCAGCAAGUGUUAUUCUGUUCUCACCAUAUGUACCAAAAAGGCCUUUGUACCUAUGAACUAACUUUCAGGAGCAAGGCGUUAAAUCACACCUUGCCAACUUUGUAUUCAAAUUUCACCAGUGUGGGAUGUAAAAGAAUUUUAAAAACCAGGAUAGAAAUUUAUGUUAGAAACUUAAAACUACUCUCCCCCAAGUCCCUUAACCCACAAUCAAUUUUUAAAGAAACAUUUUAAUGUCAAACUGCCAUCUUGCUCGCAUCUGAGUAUAUCAAUUCAAGUAAGAUUUGUUUUGUUUUGUUUUUGUGAAGGCAAAGAGCAAGCCUUUUGGUUCCAAAGGCCUUCAUUGUACAUCUAAUUUUCCAAAUAUGCUGGGGUUGGGUAGUGCCAUUUUCAGCACAUAAAAUCCUGAGGAAAGCACAAUAUUUUCAAAUGGUCUGAGACCAUGAAUUAUCUUUAAGAUGUGACUAUGUGUAAACUUGCCUUUAUGUGCUGUAGCAUUAAGCCAAGUGAUUGCAUCUCAGUUAAAUGCUGGCACCUUUUAUUUAGUGUCAUUUUCAUUGCCAGACCUACUGCUCACUUUAUAUGGGGAGCAAUGAAAAGCCACCCAAAGUCAGGACAUGCCUUUAAUCACUGAAAAGUUGACAGGGUCAAAGCUAGGGGCUCUAAGCUCUCUUAGAUAUCAUUUUUAAACUGUUGGUACCCAACAGCUAAAAUUAUAUAUUCUUGGCACUAUAUUUUGGGAGGCAGGGGGAGAAGAGGUGGAUAACAUUAAAGUAACAGAUCAUUGGCAGCUGCCACAAUUUAAUACUCUUUUGUAAUUCAGUCUUGAAAAACACUAUACACUAUUGACACACUGUGCCAGAAAUUUUAUAAUGUGUUGUGCUUUUUAAAAGUUCACAAGAGCCUGGCAAUUUUAUUUAGUUGCGCAUUCAAGAAAAACAGCCAACCAUCCUGACCUCCAUAUUUCGUUCAGUAUUAACAGAUCAAAACCUUGAAUGAAAAUGUGUAAACAUACAACUUUAACAUUUAAAAUUCACCCUCAUCUGCAAACCUUGGGCAUGAGCCAUCCACUUUCUUUAUUACCCACAAAUUUCAAGAGGAGGAAGCUGAAAACUAAAUUUUCACCAAUAUCAAUACAAUAAGGAAGUUCUUAAAUUUGGUUUGUGUUGUAUCCUGAAUUUUACCCAUAUUUUUAAAUCAUACCUCAAGAGGAAAGAAGUAUGUUAUAAUGACUUUCCUUGUAAACUUUAGGAUUAAGUCAGAAUUCUCAGAUCCUUUAUAAUUUUCAACAGGGUACAUGCAAGGUAUUAGGUAUUAUGUCUUGAACAGGCAUUUUUUCAGUACUGGAAAGCAACAAAAAUGGGAAAUAAUUUUACUGAUAGAAUUCCACACAAAAAAGGAGAAACAAGUGUUCCACUUACUUCAAUCUCAAAGUCAUUAUUUAAAUAUUGCCAAUUUUACAUGGAUU